CACUAUUUCGCUCUCUCACUCACUCUCUGUAACCAAAGCAUGUCCCUUCUCUUCCAUUUCCUUUUUGUUUCUCAAUCUUCUUCCCCCUUUCCCCAAACCCUAACCCUAGUCCUAACCAAUGACAAAACCCAGAACCCAACUCAAACCCUCCACCUGUUUCUCCCCUUCCCAAUUCCACCCAUCUCUUUCCCCCAAGCCCCGCAAUCUCUCCCUCAAGAUACUCUGCUCCCACUCCUCCCAAUCCCCUCACCCUCCAAACCUAACCCUAAUCUCCAUUCUCCGCGCAAUUCCCGAUUGGGCCGACGGCAUCAAGGAGAGGGGCAUGAAGAAGAGCAAGUCCCUUUACAACCAUGACAAUUGGGUGCAGCACCGCAGUUCUUUAAGGCACAUCCGGCAUCUCCUCUCCAGCCUCUCCUCCCGGGUCAUUCUCUCCCUCGUCCCGCCGGUGAUCACCUUCACUUCGGUGGCGGCGCUCAUCGCCGCUUACAAUUCAGCGGUUUCAGUGGGCUGGUUGCCGGAGUUUUUCCCUCUCCUUCGGGCUUCGUCCUUGCCGUACCAGUUGACGGCGCCGGCGUUGGCGCUGCUGCUGGUGUUCAGGACGGAAGCGUCGUAUUCGAGGUUCGAGGAAGGAAAGAAGGCCUGGACUAAGGUAAUUUCGGGGAGUAAUGAUUUUGCGCGCCAAGUUAUUGCUACAGUGGAGAGCCCGAGUGAUGCCUCCCUCAAGAAGGCAAUUCUGCAGUAUAUUGUGGCAUUUCCGGUUGCUCUCAAGUGCCAUUUGAUUCAUGGCUCGAAUAUUGCGCGUGACCUUCAAAAUUUGCUUGAAGUUGAUGAUCUAGCAGUAGUUCUUCGUUCAGUACAUCGCCCUCACUGCAUUAUUGAGUUCAUCUCCCAAGGUCUUCAGUUGCUAAAUUUGGAGGAGUCUAAGCGAAACCUGCUGGAGUCAAAAAUCUCGUGUUUCUAUGAAGGUAUUGGUGUUUGUGAACAGCUCGUGGGCAUACCAAUCCCCCUCUCUUACACUCGCUUGACCUCCAGGUUUCUGGUCCUUUGGCAUCUUACUCUUCCCAUUAUACUUUGGGAUGACUGCAACUGGAUUGUGGUUCCUGCCACAUUCGUUAGCGCUGCUUCACUGUUCUGCAUUGAAGAAGUGGGUGUUCUCAUUGAGGAGCCCUUUCCAAUGCUAGCCCUUGACGAGCUGUGUAAGCUGGUUCAGACCAACGUACAAGAAGCAAUCGCCUCCCAGAAACUGAUUCAAGCUCAACUUAAUGCGAAAAGAAAGAGCCAUUCGAACGAGCGACACUCCUCAAAUGGUUGGCCAAGUUCUUAGCUAGGCGGAGAUGAAACUGGAUCGGCAUUUAGAGAUGUUCACAAAUUAAUUCCAUCUUGUAUAAUAUAUUAUGUCUCGCCUGGCUUCAAAGGGCUUCACGAUCGGCUCCAUGUUCGACAAAUUCUAGAACAGUGGCAGUCAGUAGCGUAAAAGAUGAAAUGGGUUACUACAUAGUCGUCAGAGGGGAUAUGGGGAUUCCAUUCAUCUCACCUGUCUGUAUAUAUGUUAAAAACAGAGUUUGACUUAAAGAAAAAUGCAGCGUUACAUACUGCUUGCUGCUCUUUAUAUGGAUUUUGAAUUAUGAAAUUUCCCAGUGUUGGUGUUGGAUUGGUUGAAAGUUGCAGA